CAGGCGGGCGCGGCGUCGCGUGCGCGGCGGUUGUGUAUCUGGAGCCGUCGGGCAGGCUACUUUGAUUUAGUGGAAAUGCUGAAUGGCUCAGUUGCAGCUGGCUGUGUGUUCGCAUAUGGAUCCAAUACCAUCCAAUUCCAGUCUUCCUGCAACAAGCCAGGAAAGAUGUCAUCCUGAAGUUCUUAAAGAACAGUCCCAGUUAGAACAUCUGAGGAAUAAUAUCCAGCAGCAACUUGUGUGCUGUAAAGAUAAGAAAUUGAAAGAUCUUCAUAUUCUCAAAGAGCGGAGCUCUUCCUGUACUCAGCCUGCAGAAAGUAGUCAGUUGGUCUUAGAUAAAGCAGGCUUUUAUUCUGCUGGCCCCCAUAACUGGUGUUUCAAGGGUCAGGCCAGCACUGUGCCUUCCCACUGGAGAAUGAAGCGGAGAGAAGGUAUUGACAGAGCAUAUCCACUUAAGCCGGUUUUUCACCCAAAAUCUGGGAAUGUUCCCUUACCAAGUUCUUGGCAAGUUGGAAAUACACCAGCAACAGAGAUUACUUCCUGUGGGAUUAGCUCAGAGAAAACAAAAAUGUCACAUUCGGUAAAGGCUCAGCCUAUAGGGGUCCACUCUCCUUUUUCUGUACAACAAUCUAAUAGAACAACUUCUCAUUCACAAAGAGCAGAGUCAGGCUAUAUUCAAAAACUGGAGGCUGCUGGACGAAGUUUGGAGGAGGAAAUCCAGCGAAAGGAGGCUCUCCUUAGGGAGAAACUAAGGAAAACAGAAGAAGAGCUCCGUAAAAUCCAGUGGAAAAGACAGCAGACUAAAGCAGAAGCAAAAAGAGAGCAAGGAGGAUUAUGGUUGCCCGAGAAAAAAAUGACAGCUAUUUCCCAAAACUGUGAUUCCAAAUCUACUGCACAACAUGAUAACGAUAAAAAAAUACUUGUUUCAGAGACUGUAAUAGCUUCAAUUGGGACUGCCCUGCUUCCACAGACGCUUCAUAUGGAAAGGCUCAAAAAGCAACAAUUGAUAGCUAGCAACAAUAAAAUUAGAGAUAACUUCUCCAAUAUUUCUUCCACUCAGAACCUAGAACCAGCAUCUAUACACAACCAGUCUUGUUCUCCAACAGGAAACCCAGUAAGUCAUGCAGAAUCAAUGGCAGCAGAACCAUCCUAUAUAGAGGUCCAGAAUGAUAUAGAAGAUUGGGGAGAAUGCAAUUUUUGUGGACGGAGACUUUACUCUUCCAGGUUGGAGAAACAUGUGAAUAUUUGCAGCAAACAUUAUGGAUCCAAAAGAAAAGUGUUUGAUUCAAGCAAGGCUAGAGCAAAGGGCACUGAAUUGGAGACCUAUCAUCUCUUGAAGGGCACAUAUAUUUCACAGAAAAAAACUUCUAGCCAAAGUCCUGAGACUCCCAAGCAAAGCAAUACUACAUCUAAACAAAGCAAUUGGAGACAGAAGCAUGACUCUUUCAUCAAGACUUUGCGCAGGGCUCGUGAAGUGCAGCGCAUUAUCUCCCAAGGGGGAAAAGCCUCAGAUCUUCCCCCAGCACCAGCUAUGGAAAACCCAGACUACAAAUUGUGUCCAUAUUGUACUCGUCAGUUUGCACCUAAGGUUGCUGAGAGACAUAUUCCCAAGUGCAAGAACAUUAAGAAUAGGCCUCCACCACCACAGCAAAAAAAGCGUUGCUAGUAAAUGGACAAGAUGAUAUCUACAACUGGUGUAAUCAUACUUAGGUUUCUUGCAGUUUUUCUCAGUUUGAUGCUAUUGAGAAGUAGUUUCAGUGUAAAACCAAUGAGAAAUCCACUAAUUUUAAAUGGUCAUUUUUAUACUACAGGUCAAGGCACCUAUUGGUAGAGAGACAAAAAGUGGUUUUGUUUUUAUCAUCUUGAAAUUUUGUAUUCUGUAAAAAUGGUUCCCUGAGAUUCCUUGCAUAUUUUGUAGUGGAAUUUUUGCCUGUUUCUUAGAACAUAGACGAAGGGCCCUGCAAAAAGUCAUAUUAAAAAUUGGAAGAAAAUACUAAGUUCUUAUAAAUCAUGGCUCUAUACUUGUGACUCUUUGAUGGCAUCCAAGAUCAAUUAUUUCUUGUAUGAGCUGCCAGAGAUAAAUGAUUCCCAUUUCUGUGCUGAGAACCAUAACAAAAAGCACCCAUGUUCUAGAAAAUUCAUAUUUUAAAUAUUAGAAUAAUAGCUGGAGAAGAAUAAGAGCUAUGUCAUUGUAUUACAUACUGCUAUUUCCAUUAGCUGGGAAAAGCUUUAAACAGUUUUUUCCCCAUUACAUAGUUAGUGUUUUUCACUUUAAUCUAUAAAAAUUGCUGUAAAAAAAGUAGAAAUUUGGAUGGAUUGUUCUUUAUAGCAUAAUUGUAGUACCUGAUUUUCAACUCUCUACAACUUUAAGAUCAGUGAAGGGAAACUGAGAUAGUUAUUUGGAAGUGGGGAGUUGUUUAGCUCUGCCUUUGCUAACAGAUGAAUGAUUAAAAUGUCUGGGAAUAGGUCAACCAGAACAAUCAGCAAACAAAUAGAAUAAAUAUAUAUAUAAGCAAAUUAGCUGUAAGCAAAUUAUCAUAAAAUAUAUAGAAUGUAAGUUGCUUGCAAAGGCAAAUGAAUGUGGAAACAUAGAUUAAUGCUUUGUUUGGAAAAUACCAAUUUUGCAUAACACAGUUAGCAAAGUAUAGUAUGUGAUUCCCAAAAAUUGAAUUGCUAGUUUUAUCUGUGCCUCAAAUUUUCAAUGAUCUGGUGCUAACUUAAAAAGCUUCCUUUUACAAUAAUAGGUUUAAAAUUCAUUAUGUGAUGUGAAAAAUAAUUGUUGCCUAUGUUGCUAAAUUUGUCGGAAGCUAAAAUGUAUGAAGAAUGGUUGCAGAAAUUGGGGUAUGUCUAGUUUGAUGAAA